AUGAGAACCUCACGUAUCUCUCGCGACACGGCGCGCAUCAUUGCCGCAAGUCAGACACAGCGCACCUUACGUCAAACGAGGACAGCGGCCAACGUUGCCGUGCACAACAUUCGAGAUGCCGCCACAGAUAACAGUGACAGCGCAGAUCACAAUGAAAAUGCUUCAUCUGAUUCAGAAUUGAGCUCUGUGCCUACGGAGUCGGACACAGAUGGUGAAGGGCAAGCAACGACGAAGAAGCGGAAAAGGGGCCAGCAAGCGCCAGUCGUGGUAAAGCGUGAGCGGGAAGAGGUGUCUAUGGCAGCAAUCAAAUUGCCAGGUCAAGAAGCGAAGCCUAAGAAAGCGCGUCGUCAACCUGCCAAGAAGGUCAAGACGGAGAAUGGUGGCGUCAAAGUAGAACCACCAUCAAACUGGGAGGAGAUCUACGCUUUGACAAGAGAGAUGCGCCACGAGAACAUCGCGCCGGUAGAUACAAUGGGCUGCGAAAGUCUUGCAGAGAAGAACCGAUCACCACGCGAUCGGCGUUUCCAGACUCUCAUUGCGUUGAUGCUGAGCAGUCAAACAAAAGACACUGUGACCGCGGUCGCAAUGAGAAGCAUGCAAGAAGGUAUACCUGGUGGCUUCAAUCUCGAAUCCGUGCUUGCGCUUGAACCGGCCGCACUCAACGCCUUCAUCUGCAAAGUCGGCUUCCACAACUUGAAGACAAAGUACAUUAAGCAAACCGCCGAGAUCCUACGGGACAAGUGGAACUCGGACAUUCCAGACACAGUAGAAGGACUGAUCUCGCUACCUGGUGUCGGACCUAAAAUGGCCUAUCUCACCCUCAGCGCUGCAUGGGGCCGCGACGAAGGCAUAGGCGUAGACGUUCAUGUCCAUCGCAUCACGAAUCUUUGGGGCUGGCAUAAGACGCAGAAUCCAGAGCAGACACGCGCAGCCCUCGAGUCCUGGCUUCCCAGAGAUAAAUGGCACGACAUCAACAACCUGUUGGUUGGGUUUGGCCAGACGAUAUGUCUCCCCGUAGGCAGAAAAUGCGGCGAAUGCAAACUUGCAGAUCGCGGGCUUUGUCCCUCGGCAGUUGUGGGGAAGCGCACAAAGGUUGAGAAGGAAGAAGCUGUUGUUAAGAUUGAAGCGCCCGGCGAAGAGGAAACUGUGAAGCAGGAGGUGGUCGAGGUAACGGUCAACGACGUCAAAGCUGAAGAAGUGGAGGAUGUGAUGCCUGAUAUGGAAGAUAUUGGGAAAAAGCCGAGUAAACGAAUAACACGUCAGAAGUCGUAG